GUUCACAGGAGGUGCUUGUAGUUGCACAUACAUAUGGGUUCAAGCUAGUUCCUGUCAGCAUUUCUCUCUUUACUAUGAGCUCAAGUGUGAGGGUAGGAAGAAACAGAUCAGGCGUUAGACGAGUGGAGGCAGACGGGGAAGACACAUCAUUUAGGCCAAGGAUAGAAGCCAAGGAUAUAGAAUCUCCAUUCUUCUGAUCCGGUCCUCGUGUAUCAUGUUCUACUACUCUAGCCCAAAGCCUCUCUUACUGGUUGUCCUCAUCGUGCUGUUCAACGGUCAGAGGUGGUGAUACUCAGUAGCACAGAGUAUGUAUGGACACAAUUGGGCAGAGAAAAUGGUAGGAAUCAUAGGUCAUGGGAUCACCAUCCGCUUCUCACUUCAGAACAUGUCCAAAGCAUCUAGUAAUCGGUUAAUUGGUCUUUACAAAAAUGAUAAAAAGAUCGCUGAAUGUAAUCAUGAUGUGCACAGCUGUUGCUUACAAAGCCACCUCUGCUUCUCUGAGAAUAAAGAGGCCUCUUUCUUCAUCCAAAAUCUGACAUCAGUUGACAACGGAACAUAUUGGAUCAUGUUGUUCCAAAUCAAUAGAGAUCCUCCCAUGCUAAAAAGCAACGAGGUGUCGCUUAUCCUUCAAUCGAAUGGUAACUCCUCAGAAUCCCCAUCAUUCACCUCUAACGCCGCAGACGAUGGUAUCAGCGACCGUGGAAACGCCAACAAUGUCUAUGUCCUGAUCAUCUUUGCUGUUUUGGGGGUGUCCAUCAUAGCUCUGUUAAUCGGACUGCUUGGUUGGUUCUGCUGGACCUACAAAAGGAGCCCAGAACGGGACCAGCAAGAGAACCUCAAGGCCAAGCAACAGGGGUCAGGAGAGGCGUCCACCUCCAUGUCUGUGUAUUCUGUAGAAUACGGUGUGCUGGACUUCAACAGUCGACCCAAUGGAGAAGAGGCGAACAGGCAUGGGAGGGAGCGGGAGGGAGGAGUGGUAAGGUCUGCAGAGACAGUGGAAUAUGCUGCAAUCACCUUUCCCCCACAACAAAGGGUGUCAUACGGGAGAUAGUGAGUCAUCUGAAACUCUAUUAAAUACAAAUAGCGUUGCCUGAUUUGAACUGAAUGCCAUCAACAUAUGGAACAGGUGCUGAGAGAAUGAUGCUGCGGUUGAUGUGUCACUCUGAGGUGAUAGAUACCGUAAGAAUGGAAAUACUUAGUCCCGUAUUAAUAAAAACACCCUCCCUGUGGCUAUGCGUGACUGUACCCUACUGGAAAUACUAAAAAAAAAAAAGUUGUAGAUACAAUAACCCAUUUGACUGUAACACAAAUGUCAUUUUAACAUGUUUUUUUUGUUGUUUUAUUUACAUUAAUUGUGUGUAAUUUUAAUUGUUUGCACAGAUAAAUACACCUUUAAUAGGGUUUUUUUUCUCACAGAGUGUCAUGUUGUUUGUUUACUCUGACACUAUUCGGAUUACCAGAAGUAUCUGGGGGGAUUUUACAAAAGAAUUAGCAUGGUCCUCUGCAAUCCAACUAAGUUCUCAUUAAAUGGAGUUCACUUGA